AGGCUUCUCAAAGAAGAGUCACACGUUCCUGCCUAAAAUAUUUAGAAAAAUGUCUACUCAAUCAGCGAAAGAAAGACCCGAAAGCUUGCAGUUCCCUUUCCUUGACGACGAAGAUACCAUCUCCACGGUCAAGGAAUCUAAAACCUUUUUUAUCCUAAGAGGCCUGCCUGGCAGCGGGAAGUCCACUCUUGCCCAGGCUAUUCAAGACCGGUACAAAGAUGCCUGCAAGGUCGUCUCCGUUGAUAGCUACAAAAUUACACCUUUAAUAAGAAGCACCGUUCCUGAAGAGUAUUCAAAGGUGGAUGAGGAUCUAGUUGACUAUUGCAAACGAGACAUCAGCGUUAUCGUUUUGGACGACACUCACCACGAGAGGGAACGACUGGACCAACUCUUUGAUAUUGCUGACAAAUACCGGUACAAAGUCAUCUUUGCCGAGCCCAAAACCCCGUGGCGAAUGGAUUGCUUGCAGCUGAAGGAAAAGAACCAGUGGAAACUGUCAGUGGAAGAGCUGAAGAAGAUGAAGCCGAGCUUGGAGAAGGAAUUCCUACCCAUGUAUUUUGGGUGGUUUUUGAGCAAAAGAAGUUCAGAGACCCUGAGGAAGGCUGGCCAGGCCUUCUUGGAUGAGCUUGGGAGUCUUAAAGCCUUCAAAAAGGAGAGUAAAUACUUUGCUGUUGCUAUUGAAGAUCCCAAAAUAAAGGUCGAUCUCACCAGCUACUUUGUGAAGAGGCCGCCCGGGGUCUUACACUGCACCACAAAAUACACCGAGUUUGGGAAAGCAGCUGGAGCCGAGGAAUACGCACAGCAAGACGCUGUGAAGGCUUCCUACGGCAAAGGCUUCACCUUGUCCAUCUCUGCCCUGUUCGUCACAACAAAAACUGUCGGCGCUCGCGUGGAGCUGAGCGAGCAGCAGCUGCAAAAAAAAAAGCCCCCGCCCACCGACAACCUGCCGAAAGGCAGCCGGGCUCACAUCCCCCUCGGCUGCGCCACCGGCAUCGAAGCAGUCCAGACUGGGCUGGACCUGCUGGAGUUCGUGAAGCUGGAAAAGGCGGGGAACAAAGGGGAUGAAGUGGGGGAGAUUGGAGGAGGGAAGCUGCUGUAUUUUGAUAACGGUAUGUGGAUGCUCAUCCUUUCUAAAAAGAUCGAUGUGAAGGCAAUAUUCUCGGGUUAUUAUGGAAAAGGAAAACUGGUGCCAACGCAGAGCACCAACAAACGGGGCUCUGCUUUCAGCUCCUGCACCAUCAUCUAG